AUGGCUUUCCUCACCAGGUCCUCGUCCUCGUCCCCGUCCUCGUCCGGACGACGCCCCUUCAGCGAGGCGGCGGCAUCGCACGCCUCGAACAAGACGCAGGUGUACAUCUCGCGCUCGGCAGACCCGCUGGUCAACCUCUCGCUCGAGCACCGACUCCUGCAGGUCUCGCACCCGACCUCGACGAUCCUGAUACUGUACGUCAACAGGCCCUGCGUCGUCUUCGGUCGCAACCAGAACCCCUGGCUAGAGACCAACCUUGGUGCCUUGGCGGAUGGCGGCAUCGUCAGCAGCGGCAGCAGCGGCAGCAUCGUCGGGGGAAGACGGGCAGGGCAGGGAGAUGGCGGUGGCGGUGCGUCGCUGGACCUGGUGAGGAGGCGGUCCGGAGGCGGCACGGUCUUCCACGACGAGGGCAACGUCAACUUUGGCGUCAUAUGCCCACCCGACCAGUUCGACCGAGACCGCCACGCCGAGAUGGUGGUGCGGGCGCUGCACCGCCUCGGGAGACGCACGACGCGCGUCAACCAGCGCCACGACAUUGUCAUGGAUCUAGCGGCGGAUGACGAGGACAGUCGAGAAGGAGCAGGGGCAGGAGCAGAAAUGGGAACAGCGGAGUCAAAGACGUUCAAGAUAUCGGGAUCGGCCUACAAGCUCACGCGACUCAGGUCCCUGCACCACGGGACGUGCCUGGUGCGCAGCCCCAACCUGGCCAGCAUAUCGCGACUGCUGAGGUCCCCGGCCGAACCGUUCGUCAUGGCGCGCGGGGUGGACAGCGUGCGCAGCCCGGUAGCGAACGCGGACGUCGAUCCGGAGGAUCUCAAGCACGCCGUCGUCGACGAGUUCACGGCCAUGUACGGCCGGCCGGACGUGUUUGUCGACGACGUCGACGUAGGAGGAAGAGGAGGGGAUAGCGCCCUGGUGGGGAGGGUGGACGCCAUCGUCAGGGGUCGCGGGGAACUGGCGUCACGAGAGUGGGUGUAUGGCCAGACGCCCAAGUUUACAUUCUCUACGCAUCCUACUGAUCUGGAUCCGAGGCCACGACCUGAAUUGCCAUUUGAUACACAAUUCCACUUUACCUGUAGGCAUGGCAUUGUCGAAGAGUGCACCGUGGAUGGUGUGACUGACCAGGCUGCCAUCGUGGGCGCUUCCGUUCACGAUAUCGACGACUGGUCCGAUCGUCUGGCCAGGUCGGGUCUCAGGUCGGCCGAAGCUGACGGGCUCGGCAGGUGGAUCAAUGGCGUGCUCGGGACGGGAUUCACACGAUCCCAUCUCAAAUCAUGA